AUCGCGGUCUAUUUAUAUAAUAUAAUAUUUCAUUCGAAAUGGUCAAUAAACAUCACGAUAAAUAUAUAUUGAACGUGUGGCAUCCGAUAUUUCCAGUCAAAAGGCUCCGUUUAAGACAGCAUGUUACAAAAAGCUGUGAGAUCGCGAACAUAAAUUUUAAUAUUUUCGAAGCAUAUUGUACGCAUUCGUUCUUUUGCGUGUGAACGGCAUCCAAAAUGGUGAAAGUAAAGUGUUCGGAACUACGUACAAAGGAUAAAAAGGAGCUGACAAAACAGCUGGAGGAGCUUAAAAAUGAACUUCUUAACUUGCGUGUUGCAAAAGUUACAGGGGGAGCCCCAUCAAAGCUUUCCAAAAUCCGAGUCGUACGCAAAGCUAUAGCAAGAGUGUAUAUUGUAAUGCAUCAAAAGCAAAAGGAAAAUCUUCGAAAAGUCUUCAAAAAUAAAAAAUACAAGCCUCUGGACUUAAGAAAGAAGAAAACCCGCGCCGUUCGCAAAGCUUUGACUCCUAGGGAUGCAAAUAGAAAAACUCUGAAGGAGAUACGCAAGAGGUCUAUAUAUCCCACGAGGAAAUAUGCAGUGAAAGCAUAAUGUAUUAGAGAUAAAAAUUUUAAAUAAAUAAUCAAACAUUUAUUUGAA